UCUAGCAGAGGUGGUGCUGAUGCUGCCAGGUUGAGCAUCCAAACAGCAGCAGACGGUCAGACUGAACACAGCGUAAAGACUCAAGCAGAAGAUUACGACACUUAGCCGGAGGUGACUUUGAAACGCUAUAGCUGUGGGACGGAAAGAUGACUCUGGCAGCAUACAGAGAGAAGAUGAGAGAGCUCCCUCUGGUGUCUCUCUUCUGCUCUUGCAUCCUACCAGAACCUCGAGAAAAGCCCGCCAAGAAAACACAAGAUGUUGUGGACCUCAACCUGGGCAUCAUUAAAGAUAUGGAGGUCAUUGAGCUUAACAAGCGAACAUCAGGCCAGGCGUUUGAGGUCAUCCUCAGACCACCAUCCUUCGAUGGACAGAGGGAAUUUCACCCGACCUUCCCACCCCGCAGGGACCCCUCACUGGAAGAGAUCCAGAAGAAACUUGAAGCGGCUGAGGAGAGGAGAAAAUGUCAAGAAGCAGAGCUUCUGAAACAUCUGGCCGAGAAGAGAGAGCAUGAACGCGAGGUGGCCCAGAAAGCCAUCGAGGAACACAACAACUUCAUCAAGAUGGCCAAAGAAAAACUGGAGCAAAGGAUGGAGAUGAACAAAGAAAACAGGGAGGCGCACAUUGCUGCCAUGCUGGAGCGUCUUCAAGAGAAGGACAAGCAUGCUGAGGAGGUGAGGAAAAACAAAGAACAAUUGGAUCUGGACUGGCAGUAGAAUGACAAGAACGUUUAUAUUGUGCAAAUACAACAGAUCCUUAUCAUAAGCAAAUCAUUACAAGGCCAAUCUUAAGAUAUUUUGCAAACCAAGCAACAUUUGCUGCCACACAAAACGCUUUGUGUAUCUUUGAUCUCGAAUUGGACAUCAAGAUUUUAAAGCCAUCAUUGAUUUGUUUACCGUCAAACUGUGUUUGAAAAACCACACACUGUACUUAUAGUGAGUCAUUUAUGUACAAGUCACCAUCCUAGUAGUUUUGCAUGUACUAAACAAUGGUAAAAGCAAGACAUGGUGAAACUAAAAUAUGCAUUAAGUGUUAUACGAUGUGUGUACUGUUGUUUCAUGUAUACGUACUUAGAGGUGAUGUGUACUUAGCACGCUAGUUUUGCUUUGUAUUUGCACAAGCGUACCCUUAGCUAAAAUGAUCAUCGAAUUGUUAGUGUAUGUUUGCAUGCUAUUAUGACACAGUUGAUAAAACAUAUGAGAAGCCA